ACAUUCCUGGACGCACGCCCCCUUACAGAGCCUCGCUGACCCCCUAAUUAGUCUCCGCUGUUUAAAUUGCUGAGCGGGGACGUAGGUUUUGUGAGGAGGUUGAGGGAGGUGGGGACCUUGGCGGAAGGUGCUCACUGUAUCCCCUGAACCCCACUCUACUCAGGUUUCCCCAACCCCUAGUUUCGUUGUUUUGCCGAUAGGGCGGAGCUGUGGCAGGUCUAGAGUAGGUUGUUGUUUUCUGAUGUUGGAAAAACAGGAGUGGCACCUCCUCUUCCGUGAGUGGGCCUGUCUUGGGGAGGGCAGAAAUUAACCCCAGAGCCAAGUCCAGGGGACAGCAGGGUGAGAGGCCCAAUAAGGGGCUGGCUGUCAGCUUUCCCUCAAAACAAGGCGGGGUGGCCCCAUCCUCUGUUAAGACCCAGGUCAAUUCAACUAAUAUUUAUCGAACAUCUACUACGUACAGGACUUGGAGUCAGGAGCUCCAAAGUGGAAAGGACAUUCAGACUUCAUUUCUCAGUCUUUUCUCACCCCAAUAGGAGGGCCACACAGUGUGCCCUGGGACUCUGAACGGACUGAGUGUGACAGGCGAUGCUGAGAAUCAAUACCAAACACUAUACAAGCUCUAUGAAAGGUGUGAGGUGGUGAUGGGGAACCUGGAAAUUGUUCUCACUGGACACAAUGCGGACCUCUCUUUCUUACAGUGGAUUCGAGAAGUGACAGGCUAUGUCCUCGUGGCCAUGAACGAAUUCUCUACACUCCCCUUGCCUAACCUGCGAGUGGUGCGGGGGACCCAGGUCUACGAUGGGAAGUUUGCCAUCUUUGUCAUGUUGAACUAUAACACCAACUCCAGCCAUGCUCUGCGCCAGCUCCGUUUUACCCAGCUCACAGAGAUCCUGUCAGGGGGUGUUUAUAUUGAGAAGAAUGAUAAACUUUGUCACAUGGACACAAUUGACUGGCGGGAUAUUGUGAGGCACCCAGACGCUGAGAUAGUGGUGCAGGACAAUGGCAGAAGCUGUCCCCCAUGUCACGAGGCCUGCAAGGGACGUUGCUGGGGCCCUGGACCAGAGGACUGCCAAACAUUGACAAAGACUAUCUGUGCCCCUCAAUGUAACGGUCACUGCUUUGGGCCGGACCCCAACCAGUGCUGCCAUGAUGAGUGUGCAGGCGGUUGCUCUGGCCCUCAGGACACCGACUGCUUUGCCUGCCGACACUUCAACGACAGCGGAGCCUGUGUGCCCCUGUGCCCACAGCCUCUUGUGUACAACAAGCUCACUUUCCAGCUCGAACCCAAUCCCCACACCAAAUACCAGUAUGGUGGAGUUUGUGUAGCCAGCUGUCCCCAUAACUUCGUGGUGGAUCAGACAUCCUGUGUCCGGGCAUGUCCUCCUGACAAGAUGGAAGUAAAUAAAAAUGGCAUCAACAUGUGUGAACCUUGUGGAGGGUUGUGUCCUAAAGCCUGUGAAGGGACAGGUGCUGGGAGUCGCUUCCAGACUGUGGACUCGAGCAACAUCGAUGGGUUUGUGAACUGCACCAAGAUCCUGGGCAACCUAGACUUUCUGAUCACUGGACUCAAUGGAGACCCUUGGCACAAGAUCCCUGCCUUAGACCCUGAGAAGCUCAAUGUGUUCCGGACAGUACGGGAGAUCACAGGUUACUUGAACAUCCAGUCCUGGCCUCCACACAUGCACAACUUCAGUGUUUUUUCCAAUCUGACAACCAUUGGGGGCAGAAGUCUCUACAACCGGGGUUUCUCACUAUUGAUAAUGAAGAAUUUGAAUGUUACAUCCCUGGGCCUCCGAUCCCUAAAAGAGAUAAGCGCUGGUCGUAUCUACAUCAGUGCCAAUCGGCAGCUCUGCUACCAUCACUCUCUGAACUGGACCAGGCUGCUUCGGGGGUCUGCAGAAGACAGGCUGGACAUCAAGCAUAAUCGGCCCCGCAGGGACUGUGUGGCAGAGGGCAAAGUGUGUGACCCGCUGUGCUCCUCCGGGGGAUGCUGGGGCCAAGGCCCUGGGCAGUGCUUGUCCUGUCGAAACUACAGCCGAGGGGGUGUCUGUGUGACCCACUGCAACUUUCUGAAUGGGGAGCCUCGUGAGUUUGCCUAUGAAGCUGAAUGCUUUUCCUGCCACCCAGAAUGCCAGCCCAUGGAGGGCAUGGCCACGUGCAAUGGCUCGGGCUCUGAUGCUUGUGUUCAGUGUGCCCAUUUUCGAGACGGGCCCCACUGUGUGAGCAGUUGCCCCCAUGGAGUCCUAGGUGCCAAAGGUCCUAUCUUCAAGUACCCAGAUGUUCGGAAUGAAUGUCGGCCCUGCCAUGAGAACUGCACCCAGGGGUGUAAGGGACCACAGCUACAAGACUGUUUGGGUCAACCACUGGUACUAAUCAGCAAAACCCAUUUGGCAUUGACUGUGACAGUUGGAUUGACAGUGAUUUUACUGGUCCUGGGCAUCACUUUUCUCUAUUGGCGUGGGCGCAGGAUUCAGAAUAAAAGGGCUAUGAGGCGCUACUUGGAACGGGGUGAGAGCUUAGAACCUCUGGAUCCUAGUGAGAAGGCUAACAAAGUCUAUGCCAGAAUCUUCAAAGAGACAGAACUGAGGAAGCUUAAAGUGCUUGGUUCAGGGGUCUUUGGAACAGUGCACAAAGGAGUGUGGAUCCCUGAAGGUGAAUCCAUCAAGAUUCCAGUCUGCAUUAAAGUCAUUGAGGACAAGAGUGGACGGCAGAGUUUUCAAGCUGUGACAGAUCAUAUGCUCGCCAUUGGCAGCUUAGACCAUGCCCAUAUUGUACGGCUGCUAGGACUUUGCCCAGGAUCAUCUCUGCAGCUUGUCACUCAAUACUUGCCUCUGGGUUCCCUAUUGGAUCAUGUGAGACAACACCGCGGGGCACUGGGGCCUCAGCUGCUGCUCAACUGGGGAGUACAAAUUGCCAAGGGUAUGUACUACCUAGAGGAGCACAGUAUGGUGCAUAGGAAUCUGGCUGCCCGAAAUGUGCUGCUUAAGUCACCCAGUCAGGUUCAAGUCGCAGAUUUUGGUGUGGCUGACCUGCUGCCACCUGAUGACAAGCAGCUGCUACACAGUGAGGCCAAGACUCCAAUUAAGUGGAUGGCCCUUGAGAGUAUUCACUUCGGGAAAUACACACACCAGAGUGACGUCUGGAGCUAUGGCGUGACAGUUUGGGAGCUGAUGACCUUUGGGGCAGAGCCCUAUGCUGGGCUGCGACUGGCUGAAGUACCAGACCUGCUGGAGAAGGGGGAGCGGCUGGCACAGCCUCAGAUCUGCACCAUUGAUGUCUACAUGGUCAUGGUCAAGUGUUGGAUGAUUGAUGAGAAUAUUCGUCCGACCUUUAAAGAACUAGCCAAUGAGUUCACCAGGAUGGCCCGUGAUCCACCACGGUAUCUAGUCAUAAGGAGAGACAGUGGGUCUGGAAUACCUCCUGGGGCAGAGCCCUCUACUCUGACAAACAAGGAACUAGAAGAAGUAGAGCUAGAGCCAGAACUGGACCUUGACUCAGACUUGGAGGCAGAGGAAGACAGCCUGGCAACCACGCUAGGUUCUGCCCUCAGCUUAUCAGCUGGAACACUUACCCGGCCACGAGGGAGCCAGAGCCUUUUAAGCCCAUCAUCUGGAUACAUGCCCAUGAACCAAAGUAACCUCGGGGAAGCCCCCCAGGAGUCUGCAGUUUGUGGGGAUAGUGAACGGUGCCCCCGUCCUGUCUCUUUACACCCAGUGCCACGGGCACGCCUGGCAUCAGAAUCAUCAGAGGACCAUGUGACAGGCUGUGACACUGAGCUCCAAGAGAAGGUGUCAAUGUGUAGAAGCCGGAGCCGGAGCCCACGGCCACGCGGAGACAGUGCCUACCAUUCCCAGCGCCAUAGCCUGCUUACUCCUGUCACCCCACUCUCCCCUCCGGGCUUAGAAGAAGAGGAUGUCAACGGUUAUGUCAUGCCAGACACACAUCUUAAAGGCACUUCUUCCUCCCAGGAAGGUACCCUUUCUUCAGUGGGUCUCAGUUCUGUCCUGGGUACUGAAGAAGAAGAUGAAGAUGAAGAGUAUGAAUACAUGAACCGGAGGAGAAGGCAUAGUCUACCUCGUCCCCCUAGGCCUGGUUCCCUCGAGGAGCUGGGUUAUGAGUACAUGGAUGUAGGAUCAGACCUCAGUGCCUCUCUGGGUAGCACACAGAGUUGCCCACUCCAUCCUGUUCCCAUCAUACCCACUGCUGGCACCACUCCUGAUGAGGACUAUGAAUAUAUGAAUCGGCAGCGUGGAAGUGGUACAGGGGGGGAUUAUGCAGCCAUGGGGGCCUGCCCAGCAGCUGAACAAGGCUAUGAAGAGAUGAGAGCUUUCCAGGGGCCUGGACACAAUGCCCCCCAUGUUCGCUAUGCCCGCCUCAAAACUCUACGAAGCUUAGAAGCCACUGACUCGGCCUUUGAUAAUCCUGACUACUGGCAUAGCAGGCUUUUCCCUAAGGCUAAUGCCCAGAGAACAUAACCCCUGUUCCCUGAUAUAUUCGGGAGCAUUUAAUGGCAGCUAGUGUCUAUAGAGGACACUCUUCCCAACUCCCUCUCCCUCAUAGGUCUCAGCCCCAUUUCUCCAGGCCUAGAUAAUUCCAUUCAACCUUUCGAGGCUUUUAAACACUUUUAAAGUGAAAUUCUUACAGAAUAUAGUUAGCUGUGCACUUUCUUCUCUUUCCCAGCCCCAGGAAAAGAGGUUUUGUCUAGUCUGCUAAUCCCACUCCUCAGCUUCCUCACAGGAACUCCCUGGAGAUAUGAAGGAUUAUUUCCCCAGUCUCUCUCUCAGGCACUUACAGGUUAUUUUCCCAUCAGACUGUCUUAAAGAGGAAGAAAUGGGAAAAAGCAAAGGAGAGUUGAAUUCUGGCUUCUGACUUAUAAUCCCCUGGAAAGCACAAAUUUUGUGGAAGAAAGAGGGUAGCUAUUGAUUACUAUUUAUUGAGCACUUAACCAAGAGCCAGGUAUCAUGCUAAAUCUCUCCUAUACUGCUUCACAUAACUCUUUAUAAUCUACAUAAGUUUGUGAGGUAGACAUCUCAUUUUAUAGACAGUGGCCCUCAGGUGUUAAGAUAUUCUGUAAAUGUCUGAACCUGGGGAUAUUACUGAACUAUAUAAUGUAUUUUCCUUCAGUGAAGUACUUACGCAUUGUCCAUAACUUGCAGUUUGAAAUCCAGCAACAAAAUUAGGACUGGUACCUGUUUCCAUUUUCACAGAACUGUUCUUAUCAUAGAUGCUAGCAACCUCAGCAUAUGAUUUUUUUCUUUAUUAAGAAUAGUCACUUUUUCAUUUAAAGGAAGUCCUUUAUGAUUUUUCUUUGACAUGUCUGAAUUGCCAGUACCACAACUCUUGCACUGUGUGGCCAUUCUUAAGUAAAAGCAGUGUACCUGGAUACAAAUACUGUGACACCACAGCAGCCUGAUGACACCUGAGAAGGCUACUAAUGGGCAGGUGGAUACACUGGGCAAAGAGUUAAUUCCCCUGAGCAGGACAGAACAGGAUGGUGUGCAAUUUCAUCAUGCUAUUCUGAAUAGGAUGCUACUUAAACUUCUGAAUUAUUUCUUCAAUUUUCCAUUUAAUAUUUCCAGACUGGAGAGCCUGGAGUUUAGCUCAACAGGGUAAGUGCCUGCUUGGCAAACUCAAGGUCAUGAGUUUGAUCCCUGGCACCAAAAAAAAAAAAAAAUUUUUUUUCAGACUGUAGUUGCCACAAGUAACUCAAACUGCAGAAAGCAAAUCACUGAGAAGAGACCCAGGGAUACAACUCAGCAGCACAGCACUUGUCUGACAAGUGUAAGGUCCUAAGUUUGAUUCCUGGUACCAAAAAAAAAAAUCACUGAAAACCGUGGGGGUGGGGGGGACUAAGCCUGAAGAAAUUAAGUCCCAGGUCCAUAAUUUAAAAUCUCCCUAAUUCCAAAGCAUUUGCUCUUACUAUAACCUGUCAAGACAACUUGAUACAAAUCAUAGCCCAUGUAAGGGACAUUGUUUUCUUGUUUUUGCACUGAAUCAAGCUGAACUCCAACAGCCACAUCCUCCUCCUACACCCAGACUUCUCAGAUAGUGGUGGAGGAGUGGUUAGAAAAAAACGUCUUUGUGUAAACCAUAGUUCAUAUGUGCUGUCUCCGUGAUCUCUACUCUAUAAGUAGAUUCACUAAGGUUCCAAAGACCUACUUUUAGGAGCUACUGUAUUUUCAUCCAAAAAUGAGAAGCUUCCAGGUAGGUUAGGAAGAGGACUGGUCUUCAGACCUCUGUUCUCUUGGAUUGAAGGAGGGGGAGAUGUCCUAUGAUUGAAUGUUUUUGUUUUUAUACAUGCCUGAAUAAAAAUGCCAGUUUUUCAA